UCCCACAAUGAGAGGCUACCCUAACUGAAUAAAUUAAUAAAUUAUGUUGAUGUUUGCGAUCAUCAACAUUAUCAAUAAACAUCAUUUACACCAUCAUAUACAACAACAUCAUCAGCAUCAACAACAUCAUCAGCAUCAGCAACAUCAUUAAUAACAUCAUCUACACCAUCAUCAGCAACAUCAUCACCACCCCUAGCAUCAGCAGCAAUAUCAUCAACAUCAUCAGAAGCAGCAUCAACAACAUCAUCAGCAUCAACAACAUUAUCAGCAACAUCAACAACAACAUAAUCAGCAAUCAGCAUCAACAACAUCAUCAGCAGCAUCAACAACAACAUCAGCAUCAACAUCAUCAUCAGCAUCAACAACAACAUCAGCAUCAACAACAACAUCAGCAACAACAACAACAGCAACAUCAACAACAACAUCAACAACAUCAACAACAACAUCAUCAACAACAUCAACAUCAACAACAUCAUCAGCAUCAACAACAGCAUCAGCAACAUCGUCACCAUCUAGAACAGAGGGGAGGGAAGACUGCGGCCUAGUCGGCCUCGGGCCAUCCCGAGUUUUCCUAGCGGACCCGCCGCGCCCGGAGCGCCUCCCCCGGCAGGAGUCGGGAUCGAAUAACGGCAGACAGAGCCGGCCAUGAAGCCGGUCCUCAUCUCACUGUUCGUCUUCCUCCUUCUGGAUGCGGCGUUGGCUGUCAAGCUCCAGCUCACUCUCCCGAAGAGUCUGUCUGUGAGGGAGGGAGAGAACGUCACUCUCCCCUGCUCCUUCUCCCCACCGGCCACACACCUGGACCACGUCGUCGUCCAGUGGUUCACGAUGCCCAGACGCUACGCAGAGAACGUCACCAGUGGAGACAUGACCUUGAUCUACUUCUCGGGCGACGAGACGGCGGACGACUCGAGCGUCGCCAAGUCCGCGGGAGACGUGCUCGCGGGAGACUGCUCCGUCGGCAUCCCCAACUUCCCCGGGAGCCUCGGCCCCGUCGCCCUGUGCCGCGUCGACUGCCGCCGCUGUGACGCCGCGGGGAACGCCGCCGUGCAAGCGGAGCUGCUGCUGCAGCUGCAGGACGUGACGGCUGCGGCCCCACGGCGGCCACACGGCGGGGCUCUGAGCGAGGCCACCGCCGCCCCUCCAGGGGAGACGCCGCCGCACAGGGCAGGGCUGCUGGUGGCCGGGGUGCUGGCGCCUGUGGCUGUCGUGGUCUACGUCGUCUCCGUCUGCAAGGGGAACAACACGAGGAGGAGGAGGAGGAGGAGGAGACGCCGUCGGCCUUCAGGGCCCGGGCAACCGGAUCGCCCGGCCCCCCCUGACAGUGGCGCUGGGAAUGCAGAACGUGCGUAGGGACAGGUACGUGGACGCGCAGCCGCCGAUGGACAGACGCGAAGAGAGAACAGGACGAGUGUCGGAGACCUUCGCCGUGUGAUGAUGUUCAGGCAGCUCGAUGGUCGGCACGGGGAGUGGGUCGCACACACACACAUGCACACAUACACUCACCCCCACACACUCACACACUCACACCCAUACAGUUACACAGUCACACACCCCCACACACACUCACACACUCCCACACUCCCACACACUCACACACACACACCCACACUCACACUCACUCUCACACACACUCACUCUUACACCCAUACAGUUACACAGUCACACACCCCCACACACACUCACACUCCCACACACACACUCACACACUCCCACACACUCACUAACACACCCACCCACACACUCACCCCCACACACCCACACACACCCACACACUCACUCACACCCACACACUCACAUACCCACCCACACACUCACUCACACACCCCCACACACACACACUCCCACACACACUCCCACACACACUCCCACACCCACACACUCCCACACCCACACACACUCACACACACACUCCAUCACACACACCCACACACACCCACACACACCCACACACACACACACACCCCCGCACACAACAACCGCCAUUCGCCACUAAGUGGCGGUGACGUCACCACGACGCUUGUGCCAGUGUUUCCCCCUCGUGCAAGGAGCGGCUUUUCUCCGAGAUGUUCAGAUUUCCUCCUACCCUUGCGGUGCACGCAACUUACUCAUUGGCUGACAAUAUCCUGCGAUGAAACAUAAAUCAAAAACCCCGAAUGUGGAAGGGCCCUAUUGAGUGGAGAGUCUCCGUGACACUGUGCAGCCUCCUGGAUCAUUAAACUAUCAUCAUCACCAUCAUCACCAUCACCAUCAUCACCAUCACCAUCAUCACCACCAUCAUCAUCAUCAAUCAUCAUCAUCGUCAUCAUCGUCAUCACCAUCAUCAUCAAUCAUCACUCCGCACACAUUUGUGGGUUUUUUCGCCGUCGUCCGAAGUACCGAAUUGGGGAGGUAUCACACGCGUGGACAGACGGAGAGGAAACUCGCGAAUGUUGCAUGAUUCUGAUGCUGCUAAUCCUGCAUAAUGCACGGGCAUAAUAUGACUUUGAGACCCCCCGCCCACCUCCUACGCAUUUCACAAGUGGUACUAAUCCCAUAUCUGCAUUUCCCAUAAAUAUGCUAAAUUCCUCGAUAUGCAAAUUAUUUUGUCAAGGCGCUCUUCCCCCCUCCAUCCCGGCUUAAAUAUACGCUGCCAAGCCUGGUGGUGUUUCAUUCAGACGCUGUCUUCCCGACAGACCUGUUCUUCACCUGAGGACGGCUGCUUGCGUUGUGGCUGAAACGUCGUGAGAAUUGUAUUUAUGUUUUAUUACUUCCCUUCUACGUGACUUUACCGAAAGAACCAAGAAGAUGAAUCCCUGCAGUCACGAAAGCUUUAAAUCGAAAGAUUCUAGUUGAUCGAUAAUGAAACUGUUCCAGUGGGAUAAGGCGUGCUGGAGAGCGGUACGGGAUCCAUGAGGACGCCCACUCCUCCCGCCCCUGGUGAUCAUUAACAAUCGAUGCAGAACUAGUGCACCGCUAUACGCCAUCGUGAACACCACAGCCGACUUAAUCGAGACCCAAAACGCACACAGCGUUACUCCGAUUUAACGUCAUUUCGCAAAUGAC